CCACAGACGAGCUAAAUUCAGAAAAUUUUGCUGAAAACACUCAGUUGUCAAAACUUCACAAUGACCCUACUAACGAGCUGGAUAUCAGUCCUAAUGUCAUUUCUUCUUCUCUUACAUUUUUGGAGAGCAAAGGUCUGUGCUUCUGGAAACUCAGAGGAGGAAACAGAUUUCACAUAUCUUAUUAUAGGAGUUACUCUGGGAGCGUUUCUAGCAAUCGGUUUUGUAGCAGUAAUAAUCUGCUUGAUCAAAAAACAAAUGAUUGACAAUGUUUUUGGAGAGUCAGAUGGCAAAAUGGAUAGAAGGUCAAACAUGGGAUCAAGCCAAAACAGAGACGACAUCAAUGUACUAGGAAAACAAAGUACAAAUGAUCAAUAAUCCUUUUGCAAUCAACAGUUACCUGGCCUGAGGAUCAAUAGAAGUCUCUUGCGCACAGGCAGGAAUCUCACCAAUACUGAUUCCUUUCUUUGUUCUUUAAUUGAAAGACUGAUUGAUUGAUUACAGGAAGAGCUUUUGGUGCAUGCUAACUUCAAUCACCUGCACACAAAGAGCCUGCAAUCCCCCACAGCAUGUAUAUGAAGGAAAUGUAUGAGGACAAUAAAAUAGGUGAGCUCUGCUCACUAAUAGGUCCUGUUUAGUCUGUGAUAAGUAUAUGUUUAAUUUCUAAAAUCAAUUAAGUACAAGGUAAUCAAAAAGGUAGUCAUACAUUUCAGCAGCAGAAUUCGUGGUCAUGCACAUAUUUCAAGUUAGGUAAAUAAUGACUGAAGUAACUUGAAAAAUCAUUCAGUUGAGGUUGAAGCAAAACAAGGCUUUCCAAUUUUUUCAGGAAAUCUAUGUUUUGUGUUAAUAGGAAAACAUUUCAUUCACGCAAAAGUUAUAUCUUUUUUAGCUUUAGGACUGAUGUCUUUUGUUUAACUGUAGGUGGUAGUGUUAAUUUCAGCAUUUAAAAUGAAUUGUGGUCAUUUAAAAGGAAGAAUGCCUUUUUGAAAUAGUGUUUUUCAUGUUUUGUUUUUAGAACAUUGAAACAAAAACAGUCUUGUAUACUCAAAACAAAAAAUUUCUGGACAUUUGAAACAAAACAUUUCAUGUCAACAUUCUACAAACAAGCUAAUCUAACAUUUCCAAAAUUCGUCCAUCCCCACUUUUUUAGUAUAAAACAAUGCACUAAGUUCAACCAGAAAUUACGAAUAAUUUGUCUCCCAACCCCUUCGUUCUUGUUCUAGCCUUAUAUUCUGUCGAAUUUGAUUUCAUCAAAAUUGCUUUGUCUGGCUCCAAUUACAAGCUUCUUACAGUGGGAGUGACAAGAAGAAAAAUUAGAACUUUGUCUCAGAACAUUUAGAAUAGUUUAAAUAAUUUAAAAUCGUUUAAACCCAAGAUACUUUGUAAACACAUCCCAACUUUUACCAAAGCUGUGAGCCUGUGGCUUUGGUCUCAGUUUAGAAAAUAAUGCUGCAGACUCUAUUCUGUUUAAUCCACUUCUUUCAAGAAUGCUGUAUUAUAACAGAUGUUGUCAUCACAAGGUGCAAGAAAAGCAGGAAGAUUUUUGUGUUUCGAGCCAGGCUUUCCUUUCAGCUUGUGAAGAGGGAGCAGCAAAUGUCAGCUGCGGGUGCUAUGGGAGCACUUAGCUACCAGCAACGCCACGCUGGGCGUCCUCUGCUAUUCCCGCAGCUCCUCCCAGGAAACCCAGCAGGACUCAAAGGCUUGAGAGCCUCAGGUAGAAGGCAUGCACAACGUUAAGCAACGUCACAGUAUUUCACAGGUAUAGCUGUUGUGUCGUAGCAUUACAGGGUGACUCCAAGCAGGAUGUUACGCUAUUUUAUUGUGACUUACAAACAACCACUAUCCAGAUGCAAAGACCACAAGCUGUAAAUAGAUUGGGUCUUCCUAAACUUUUAGCUGAGGCCAAUGUCUAUAGACAUAUGGAUGUUUUUUAUCUCCCAUCUAACAUACAUUCCUCAAGUUAACUUUUAAACCAGUGUCUGCUCUCUGUUAUGCCAUGUGCCGGAUCAUAAUAAAUAAAGUCCUUUCCAGUUCUUCACUACUGCAAUAUAACAGAAGUUAUCAACGUAACAAAAAAAAAAAAAAAAGGCAAAUGUUAGGCUGAAGUUCAAUCUAGAAAUUCUGUGUAUUAUUAAGAAAUAUCACUCAAAAAAGUCACAGAAACCAGGGCCUCCCACCCAAUAAUCAAGUUUCAGACCGUGAAGAGCUGCAAUUAAUCCUACACAUUAAAGGCAGAGCUGAUGUGCUGAGUCAGGGACUUAGAGUCAACACACUGUCAGAGCAUCAGAGCAGAUACAUCAAAAUGUUGACUCUAUGAAGAAUAAGCUACUGUACUACUUGUAACUGUAACUAAAAGGAUUUGGAUAUGGUUUUGUUCUGACUUUAGCAAAGCAGGUAAUUUUAUGUAUGUGCAAAGGAACAUGAAAACUGGAUGUCAAUUUUUCCACACAUUUUGAACAACAAAAUGUAAGGUUUAUUUUCAGAGAAAAUUGAUACAUUGGAAUAACUUUCCUGGAUUCUUAGGUGUCUGUUACCCAGUUCAGCAACACCGCAGUUCAUUAGCAGCACUUGCUAACAGAUAAACUAAAGCAGUAAUGUGAUACUUGUAAGUAAUUGUGUGUGUGUACAUGUGUAAGUGAAUAAACCGUC